AUGGAAGUGAGAAUUCCAGUGAUGUGGGUGUUGUUGAUGUGUUACAUCUUUGGUCGAAUAAUUACAAGUCAUAACAAAGGCUUUAUCGAAGCCAAGAGCUUGUCCAAGUUUGAAGAUCUCAAAAUUCAGAAACUAAAGACAAUCAACAAACCUGCUGUCAAGAUCAUCAAGACUAUCAAUGGAGAAUGAUACGAAUGUGUGGAUUUCUUCAAGCAACCGGCAUUUGAUCACCCUUCUAUGAAAAAUCACACAUACCAUUACAAGAUAGGACGGAUGUGGCAUCCUAGAGGAAUGAGAAAAAGUAAGACAAACAAUACUGGAUUUGGUUACUUGUAGAAGAAUGGUGUGGGUUGUCCCAUUGCUGCAGUCCCUAUACGAAGAGUCACCAAAAAGUACCAUGGAGCAACAAUGGAACUUUGUGUUACUGCUCCUAAGGUUAAACCUACCCAAUUCAGUGCUUCUAGUCUUCACUUUCAGAUUGGUGAUGAUUACAUCCAAAUCGGUUUACAUGUAAGUCAGUUAUAUUGGUCUCCUAACCAAUAUUGAUGAUCGAAUCAGCAAACUCCAAAACGAUCUAUUGGGUUUGUACCCAAUGAUUACUGCCAACUUUCGCAGGUCAAAGAAGAAAUGAGACAAGUCCUUCCACACAUCCACCCAUCGAUUUGACAAAACACUUGUCUUCAUGGCUUCUUUGAUGGACAGUCCCAAUAAGAUCUUAAGCAAUAGAUCGUUUGGGAGUUUGCAGAUUCGAUCAUCGGUAUUGACUGCAUCGUCACUACUAUGUCCUCGUGCAUCAGAAGGUAAAACUAAUCUCUCCAUGGAU